GUCAACAUAUGGUCAGAUAAUGCCGGUUGCUACAAAAGUACAUUGACCAUUGCCACUUUACAUCAAGAGCUAGACAAGAAAAUAAAAUCCUACAAUUUUUGUGAGGCUCAGGAUGGGAAGGGCGCAUGUGACAGGAAGGCAUCCCAUAUCAAGUUGGCUAUAAAAAGAUAUGUAAACGAGGGCAAUAAUGUGACAACUGCACACCAAAUGAAACUGGCAAUUGAUUCGCAACAAAGAGGCCAGUACAUGGUGAAAGUGAUAAAUCCUGUUAUUAAUGCUGAUGAUGAUAAGGUCUCACUUAGAAGUAUUCCAUUGAUUUCUACGCUCCAUAAUUUUAAGUUUACUGAUAAUGGAUUGCAAGUUUGGAGAGCUUAUGAUAUUGGUCAAGGAAAGUUGAUAUCAUGGAACAGCAUUAUUGAUAAGAAAAUUCCUGUGAUACAGCUUUUUGUUCAUCAUGAUUGGUCGUAUACCCAGUUUGCUACCAUGGGUUCAGUAGUUGUUGACAGAGAGGAUGAUGAUGAUGAUGAGGAGGAUGAUAAUGAAGAUGAAGAUACACAAAAUGAGAGUAAUGAUGAAGAUAAAAUUACAGAACCAGUUCUUAAGAAGAGACGGACAAUAUCAAAAAUCUUUACUUGUCCUGAGGAAGGAUGUACACGUUCUUUUAAACAUUCAUCUUCACUAGAUCAGCACAUCAUGUUGGGGAACUGUAAUGUGAAGGAAGGAAAACUUAGCCUGGCAGAUAGAACAAAGGUUUUAUAUGCUCAGAAGUUGGAAGAUGGGAAUUUAGGAGUGUCAUUUACCAAACAAUCUGACAACAACAACAAUGAUGCUACUGACAAACUAAACAAAGGAUGGGCAUUAAAGGUGAACAAACCAAAAACGAUUUUUAUAUUAGACCAAAAGGCUUACUUGCAUGAAAAAUUUAUGAUUGGGAAAACAACUGGAAGAAAAGAGGACCCAUCAAAAGUAGCUGAGGAGAUGCGAUAUGUCUUAAAAAAAUGGAGAAAAAACAGGUUCACUAGAUCUCAAUAUAUAACCUCACAACAAAUAGCUAGCUAUUUCUCAAGACUUGUGCAAAAAGAAAAGAAGAUCGAUGAAACGGAUUUAAUAGCUGCAACUGCAGACAGUAAAUGUUCUGUUUUGAAAAGGAAGGUUUUGAAAGAAUGUUCUCUAUAA